AUGGGCAGCUAUGAGCUAGACAGCUCCCUUGUAGACCCUACAUGGGAGGCGGUACUGCUGAGCGAAAGGGAUGUUGCCGGUCAGAUUCCCAUCAAUUUCGUCACGCAACCGGCAGUGUCGUUGACGGCGGCGUGUUUCGGCAGCAAUGUGUUUGCUAAGGACUCGUUAACGACGUGUCUGUCGAACUUGUUGACUGUCGGGUACCGGCGGUUUAUUGUGGACCUGUAUUGGUCGGCUGAUGACGAGCAAUGGCUUUUGUGUCCAGUCUCUAUUCCUACAGAGGCUGAAAUAUCGUCGUACUUGUUGACCACGUCGACUCUCUCGUCCGGAACCGCGAUGUCCGUGGCAGCCGAGGUGGUGACGUCCACUGGGACGGGGACAACGACGGCGACGGCGACGACCACUGCGGACAGCGCACAGGCAACAAUCACCGUGGUCAUCGACCCAGAUACCUCCUCUGAGAUGUAUGAGCUUGGCUCGUACAUGUGCGCGAAGGAUCUUGAUCUGUCGACCCUCCUCAAGAUCUUUGCUAGUUAUUACCGGAAGACAGCAUCCGAUCUGACUGCCUAUGUGACGUAUUUGGUUUUCAAUAUUCAUGCGGCAUCAAGCGCAUUUCACCCCGACCAGCCUGCUUCGGCAGUGUCUGGAUCAAAGCUGCCGUCGAGCAAACGCCACUUAAGCCAUAUGUUGAACGACGACCUGGGCACUUAUGUUUACAGCCCCGAAAUGCUUGGCUACGACCGCAGCGACCUUAACGGUUCUUGGUACCGGGUUUCGGACGAGAACAAGCCCAUAAUUCAGUAUUUUACCAUUGAUACGGACUCCGAUGGCAUCCAAAGCACCCCAGACGGCUGGCCCUGUGAAAAAUACGUCCAAUUUGCAAAGGAACGCCGAUUGUUGGCCGGGUUCGGUUCUGUCGACCCGCAGAUGCAAGAGUAUGACCUGGAAGACGAUGCCGAUCUGAUUUUUCCUGCGGAUUAUCUGAGCUCCAAUGUGGCAGUUAGUACGUCGUCCAACGGGACGUUGCAAACUGGAUGUUUCUACAGCAAAGGCGUUACUAUAGUCUCCCAGGCAAAUUCCUCCUGGGCUGAAACCAGUCACCUUACAGCCUUCAGCAAUGCAAUCUCCACCGAUUUGCUGCGGGGUAUAUCGCAGUAUGUGCAGGAACUGGUAUCAUGCGGGCUAUCACUCUUGCUGAACGACACUCUGCUGAACAAAACUGCAGAUAGCGGGGUUGAUGCCUACCGAAAUAUUUCAUUCUCCUCGACAUGGGCCUGGGCCAUUGGUGAGCCGCGCGAUGCGGCUUCCCCAGACAAUAGUAUCGAGACCAAACUCGACCGAUGUGCGCUUAUGGAUCUCACGCUGGCUGGACACUGGCGCUCAGCCGAUUGCAAAGAAGCGCGUUAUGCGGCCUGUCGGGUAGGCAAUGACCCAUUUACUUGGAAUAUAUCGACAGCCAAGUACCCUUAUGCGAACGUGUCUGACGCAUGCCCGUUGGGCAGCGGGUUCUCUGUUCCACGCACUGGCCUCGAAAACACGUACCUAUACCAAUAUAUACUGAGCCUGUCAAGCGACGUUAUAGACCCUGGUUCGGCAGAUAUGACGAAGCAAGGGGUCUGGGUCGAUUUCAAUUCCCUAGAUGUCCAGUCCUGCUGGGUUUCUGGUGGUCCGAAUGCCGAGUGUCCCUACGCGUCAAAUCCCCAGGAACUGGAACGACGUACUGUGCUAGUAGCCACAAUUGCAGGCAUUGUGAUCUGUACAAUCGCAGCCCUCACCCUGUUCGUCAAGUGCAAUACCAACAGGAGAAACUCGAGACGGACCAAAAGGGUGAUAGAGGGAUGGGAAUACGAAGGUGUCCCAUCCUGA